AUGAUACCUCCAGCAGGGGCUCUGGCCCCCAAACACUCUAUUCUGGGGCCCGAGCAAUUCUUCAAGGACGCAACGGCGCCUUGGCGGCUGACUGUGAUUUGAUAUUACCCAGUAUUGGCAUGAAAAUGGAAGGCUGUGCCGCAGUGUGAGCACUAGCUACGGCUGCUGAAGUGCAGAGGUAAAUCUUCCAGUACUCGCGGGUCUUCUGAGAUCGCACUUUAUCCCAACUAAGUCUCCGCUCCCCGCCGGAAGACAAUAGAUAAGCAAUGUCCAACUACUCGCCAGAGACGCAUGAAGGGAUCGUGACCUCAUGGGCCCCAAUCGCGUCAACAUUCCCCUCCUCCAAAGGCUGCGAAACCCUGUUCUGGUCGGUUGUUCCAAGUACCCUCGCAGCGUGGGACCCAGGCUAUGGCCUCACUGUUGACAGCAACGUUCAUUGUGUGCCACCAGCCGUGACCAGCUGGUGGAAUCAAGACAGACUAGGCGUCAAUUCUCUCACACGAGUCAGCCUGGGCCCAAUCACUUGUCCCGUGGGGUAUUCAACAGUGUCAACAGAAGUCGAGAAUCAAUCCAGCACUUUCGUAGCAUGUUGUCCUCCGGGCUACACCUUCGUCGCAAUCAAAUCUUUGGGGAAUACUGGACAAUGUUCAUCCGUGAUACCUGCGAACCAGGUUAUAACCUACGCAGCGCGAGACGCAUCGUCAACCUGGCAUACCUUCACCACUUCCUAUACGACAGCAAGUCCGGCUUGGGGCAUACAGAUCAACGGAUAUAAUAUUGCGCAAGUAACCGCCACAACCUCCACAUCAUCAGACACCUCAAGCUCUACAUCCUCGGGUACUGGAUCCACAUCGCCUUCUGCUACCCCACUGCCAUCUUCGGGUCUCUCUACAGGCGCUAAGGCUGGGAUUGGGAUUGGGGUCACUCUUGUGGCGAUUGCGCUGGGGGCUUUAAUAGUGUUUAUUCUUGCACGACGGAAAAGCAGAAGGAAUGGCCGUGCUGUGGCUAUCCCGACUUCAGGGUUGGCCGGGGCGUAUGAACCAAAGAGCGGCUAUACGGAUCAGGUCCAAGUUUAUGAGUUGGAUAAUAGGGCGGAUGUGGGGAUGGGUGAGUUGGAUGGAAGGGAGGCGCCGGUCGAGAUGCAGUCGAGGACGCCUGUGGACAUAAAGCCGCCGAGUCAUUAGUUGCUUUGGAUUGCUUGGCCAAAGUUUUUGGUUUCUCGUCCUAGGUUUCAGAUGUACAUCAUGCUAAUCACAUUUGCGAAUAUUGCCAUCUACUUUUUCUCUUAUGUCACUUUUUUUGAGGCUGAGACGUAUUCUUACUCUGCACGUGGGUAACCGGGCAAGGCGCGGGCAAGGUGUUGGCAAGGAAGAUCGGGCUUCGAAGGUGGCGUUUUUCGAUGGAUAUUUAUGACGGGAACGCUGAUUGCUGAUUCAAGCUGAAAGGGUGG